CCAAACGCUCCCGGGCCCCUUGGGUGUGCUCUUCUUCUCCAACGCUCUCGAAUCCAAGCUACCGCCCAAAAGGGGGCAAAAUCAUAAACCCUACUGCCCGCCCAGAUGCUCCGCCGCCGCCGUGCCCCUUUCCUCCUCGUGGCCGCGGCGGGCGUGGUUGCGGCGGCCACGUCCGCCGACAGCCCCGGCGUCGCCUCCACGCUCCACGGCGUCGCCCGCUCCUCCCGCGCCAUUUACACGAUCGGCUUCGUGGUCGUGGACUACAAAUACUCGCUGCGGGGGCUGAUUCCUGGGUCGGCAGAUUACCGGGGUAAGCUCUCCGAGGUUCAUUUGAGGUCAGCAAAAAAGCUACUUAGACUGUGUGAAGUGAAUAGAGGGUUUUAUGUAAAAGCUGGUCAGUUUGUUUCAUCACUAAGACAAGUACCAAAGGAGUACAUAUCAACUCUCUCCUGCCUGCAGGAUCAGGCAGCCCCAUGCAAAUAUCAAGAUAUCAAAAUAGUGAUUGAACGGAAUUUUGGCAAGGAUUUACAUGACAUAUUCCUGGAAUUUGAUGAACAUCCGAUCGCUGCUGCAUCAAUUGCUCAGGUUCAUCGAGGCCGGUUGAAUAAUAAUCAAGAAGUAGCUGUAAAGGUUCAGUAUCCUGGGUUGGAGCGGCGAAUGAAGCUAGACAUAAUGACUAUGUCCCUCUUGUCAAAAUAUGUCUCUUUGAUCUUUCCUGAUUAUAGGUUUGAAAAAAUAUUACUUGAAUUUGAGAGAACCAUGUCAAUGGAACUGGAUUUUACCCAAGAGGCUAAGAAUUCCGAGAGAACUGCAAGCUACUUCAGGAAAAAUGAUGUUGUCAAAGUACCUCAUGUGUUUUGGGAACUGACAACCAAGGAGGUCUUGAUAAUGGAAUUUUGUACUGGCCACAAGGUUGAUGACUUGGACUUCCUAAGGAAAUCAGAUAUCUGCCCUACAAAGGUUUUCGUAGCUAAAGCAUUAAUCGAACUGUUUGGUGAAAUGAUAUUUAUACAUGGUUUUGUUCAUGGCGAUCCUCAUCCUGGAAACUUAUUGGUUUCUCCUCGAGGCCAAGGGAGAUUUUCAUUAGUUUUGUUGGAUCAUGGAAUUUAUAAAGAAUUGGACCCAAAGUUUAGACUGGACUACUGUAAGCUGUGGAAAGCAUUGAUAUCGCUGGAUGUGCAAAAAAUUCUGGAGUUAGGUGAACAGUUCGGUGUUGGGAAAUAUGCAAAGUACUUUCCUUUAAUAUUCACUGGAAGGACUAUAGACAGCAAAUCAGCUCUUGGAACACAAAUAUCUGGUGAAGAGAAGACACGUAUAAAGCAGGACUUGAACUCUCUUGGAAUGGAUGAUAUAUCUUCAUUUAUGGAAUCCUUGCCACCUGACUUUCUGGUCAUACUUCGAACAGAUGGACUAUUGAGGUCCAUUUUAGGGAAUCUAGGGGCCCCACGUCAUGUUCGACUUCUUGCUUAUGCAAAGUGUGCCAUAUACGGCCAUGAGGAACAGUCCAGAUUGGAGUCUGGUGCAAUCAACCGUAUAUCGUUGCGAGUCAAAACAGCCAUUAGCUAUCUCCAUAUGAGGAUACUCAUUGAAUUAGCGAGCUUGUUGGUGCAGUUUAAUGACUACAAGCAUAAGGUCAAGGACAAAUUGAGUUGGAUGCUCCAGAAGAUAGGUCGAGAUGUUUUGGGUUGGUACAAACCUCUGAUGUGAUGUCCUGCAGUUGGAGAAGUUUGACAAAUGGGGGCUAGGAAGGAGGUCAUGCACGUCCCAAGGGAACUUGCAGCUGGAUUCAGCAAGUUGUACAAUUAGAUGGUUGGACGCUGAUGCUACUAAGUUUGUGUUGACAUCUACUUACUUUUAUGUACAUGUGAUCGGUGAUCCACAUAUAGCCCCUGUUCGGCUCCUCUCCGCUCCGCAACUGCAGCUCUUGGAGCGGAGGGAGCGGCAACACAAUUUUGAGGAGUCGUUUAAAUCGAGCUCCUCACGUGGAGCGGAGUUCCAGGUUUGGAGAGGUUCCGAACGCGUCCAUAUACUUAGUUCAUAGAAAUCUGCUACUCCCUCUGUAAAGAAAUAUAAGAUCCUUUAGAUACUUACGAGGAGUACUACUCUGUCACACUCUACGGUCUAGCAGUCUAUCUAUUGUGUAUGAGUGGGAGUGGUAAGUAUAGUGUCAGUGAUAUUGUUACCUCAUUUUUUUUAUUUGUUAUUUUGUUAUCCGCAAGGUGCAUUUAUCUCAUGCCAAAAUUGCAGAUUACCUUCUCUUAUAUUACUAGAAAAUUUUAGGGGGAGCUUUUGUUGAAACAAGUGUAAUUUGAACAUGGGGUGGGCCCAUAAGACACAACUUCACUCAAUGUGAUUUGUACGCUCUCUCAAUGAAUUGAGAUCUUCAAUUUGAGAUUUGAUUCACGUUUU